AUGCUUUGCCCAAUUUAUGGGACUUUUACGUUUAAUUCAGAACAGGAGAAGCGACAAUUUGAGAAGACAAACGAGUGCUGUAUCGAUACAACUGUCGACCAACACAAUAAGUACUUGAUGUGUCAGUGUGAACAACAGUUUGUGCCUUCAACUCAAAUGUUUGAGUUGUGUAAUACUUGCACUAUUGACUCAGAAGAAAAUGAAUACCACUCCAUCGUCUCUUCAAUUGUGUGUUCUUUUCUUGUUCUUGGAUUGUCAUUCUUGGCUGUAGUGACCGUGUCAAUAAGUUCAGUUCUUGUCAAAGUGCUUAAUAUCGAAAUACCAACACAACGAGGUUAUUUACAACUUGUGGAAGUUUAA